AUGUCCCAGAACCAGUGGAACCAAUUUGUCAGAGCUGUUAGACAGCAAUCCCAGCGCACAGGUGCUAGCGGACCUUCUCCUAAGGGCCUUUUUGCGGGUCUUGGAGGUCUCAUUGCUCUUGGUGUUGGCGGUGUUGUUCUUACAUCUUCCCUUUACAACGUUGACGGUGGUCACCGUGCUAUUUUGUAUAACCGCAUUGGCGGUAUCCAGCCAACAAUCUACAAUGAAGGAACCCACAUUGCCAUUCCAUGGUUCCAAACCCCUAUCAUCUACGAUGUCCGAGCCAAGCCCCGCAACGUGGCCUCGCUGACCGGUACCAAGGACUUGCAAAUGGUAAACAUUACAUGUCGUGUUCUUUCGCGCCCCAACGUUGCUUCUCUGCCUACCAUCUACCGUACUCUCGGCACCGAUUACGACGAGCGUGUGCUGCCGUCCAUUGUCAAUGAGGUUCUUAAGGCCGUUGUUGCCCAGUUCAAUGCCUCCCAACUUAUCACCCAACGUGAACGUGUGUCACGUAUGGUUCGUGAGAGCCUUGUUAAGCGCGCAGCCAAGUUUAACAUUGAGCUAGAUGACGUUUCACUUACUUACAUGACCUUCUCGCCGGAAUUCACUCAAGCCGUCGAGGCCAAGCAGAUUGCCCAGCAGGAGGCCCAGCGUGCUGCCUUUAUUGUCGACCGUGCGCGCCAGGAGAAGCAGGGUACCAUUGUUAAGGCCCAGGGUGAGGCUCGAUCUGCAGAACUUAUUGGUGAAGCCAUCAAGAAGUCCAAGGACUAUGUUGAGCUCAAGCGUAUUGAUACUGCGCGUGAGAUUGCAGAGACCCUUAGCAAGUCUGGCAACAGACUGUUGUUGGACAAUGACUCACUUCUGUUGAACGUUGCAUCUGAUUCUCGCAAAACAAAAUAA